UAUAUAUGUAUGCAUUUCUCCUUCUAAAUUAUAAUAUAUCUUUACUUGAUUAAUAAUUAAUUAUGAAUCGAAAGCAACAUGAUUUGAAAGCAUUAAAUAGUCUUCAAAAACACUCGUUUAAUUUUGUUUUUUGUUUUUUUUUUUUGCAGCAUCUCAAUCUAUGAAAAAAAAUCAUUGAAAUUAAUUUGUAUAUGUUGGGCACAAUGGCUGGAGGAGCUGCAAAUUGUUAAAAAUGGGAGUUCUAUCGCCAAGAUGUCUAGUACAUUGUUAAAAAUGGGAAAGUUCUUAUAAUAAACGAGGUAUUAAAAACAUCGUAUUUUUAUUUUAGGAGAAAAAACUAGUUAUAUUGCUGUAAAUUAAUGUUCAUUUGAAGUUGACGGGGAGAGUGGAAGAAAAAAGACGAUGGUCAGAGGGGAUUCACCUGGCUGUGGAGGCAAAAGAAGGGUUACCAAUCCAGGUAUAUAUUGCGAUUGCCUGCCACAUCAUCAUUCUUUUUGACAACUCUUGUUUAAAGCUAUUACCUUGUAUUCCUCUUGGGCUUUGCAGGCUGAUUCAGUUGUAAUGGCACAAAUCACAUACCAAUCAAUGUUUAAGCUUUAUCCAAAGCUUUCAGGGAUGACAGGAACUGCAAAAACUGAAGAAAAGGAGUUCUUGAAAAUGUUCCAGAUGCUUGUUAUUGAAGUUCCCACAAAUAUGGCAAAUAUUCGUCACGAUUUACCUAUCCAAGCUUUUGCAAAUGCUCGUGGUAAAUGGGAAUAUGUUCGUGCAGAAGUUGAAAGCAUGUUCAGAGUUGGUCGUCCUGUUUUAGUGGGGACCACUAGUGUCGAGAACUCAGAAUAUCUAUCUGCUUUGCUGAGGGCUAGCAAGAUUCCCCACAAUGUCCUCAAUGCACGACCAAAGGUUUGUUGUCUACUUUUUAUAGGAUUUAUCAAUGAAAAUAGAUAGGAUUUUGGGUUAACCAUGUAUGUAACAUGGCGACUUGAUUAUUGUUUUCAGUACAAUGUCUUGAUACGAAAAAAAAAACUGAGAGUAGGAUGCUGGUAAUUAGAAAUAGGUAGCUAUUCUUUCAUUUGGCCCUAACGUUAAUGUGAAUGAUAUAUGGUUUUGGGUAAAUAACGCAGCUAAAUACGUGGGCAAAAGUGAGAACAAGAGUUGGACAUAUGAGAAGGCAAAAUCUAUAAUUUCAGAGUCAAUUGAAAUGAGCCAGUCAAUGGGUUUAGAUGAACUGCAAAGGCUUGUGGAAGAACAGUCAGAGAUGUACCCUCUUGGUCCUUGCAUUGCAAUUGCCUAUUUAUCGGUUCUAAAGGACUGUGAGAUUCAUUGCUUUCAUGAAGGAUUGGAAGUCAAACGACUUGGUGGUCUCCAUGUCAUUGGGACAUCUUUGCAUGAGUCCCGAAGAUAGAAGUUUUUGAGCAUGUUGCUGAUGAAAAAGAUAGAAGUUCUUUAGGAUGCUGCUAAUGAAGUUUAUGCAGAGAAGGAAAAAGAUAGA